CCCAGCAGCCGGUCCCCGUUGGCUGCCGGUGACAGGCGGAGCCGGCCUCGCUGCUGCCCGGCAUGAGGGGGGGCGGCUGCGCCGCGGCCCCCGCUCACUAGCCCGGCCGAGCCGCGCCGCGCAGGCGGGCCCGGGGAGCGGCGCACCAUGCGGCUGUGCGGGGCGCUGCUGAAGAGCCCCAUCCCCAAGCAGAUCGAGCACUACUCGCGCUUCUCCCCCUCGCCGCUCUCCAUCAAGCAGUUCCUGGACUUCGGACGUGAUAAUGCAUGUGAGAAAACAUCAUAUAUGUUCCUACGGAAAGAACUUCCUGUGCGGCUAGCUAAUACCAUGAGAGAAGUCAAUUUGCUGCCUGAUAACUUGCUAAACAGGCCUUCAGUUGGGCUAGUUCAGAGUUGGUACAUGCAAAGUUUCCUUGAGUUUUUAGAAUAUGAAAAUAAAAGCCCUGAGGAUCCUCAUAUUCUGGAUAACUUUUUAGAAGUUUUAAUUAAAGUAAGGAAUAGACACAAUGAUGUGGUUCCUACCAUGGCUCAAGGGGUGAUUGAGUACAAGGAAAAGUAUGGCUUUGAUCCGUUUGUUAGCAGUAACAUCCAGUAUUUUCUAGAUAGAUUCUACACCAACCGCAUCUCUUUCCGUAUGCUUAUUAACCAGCACACACUUCUUUUUGGUGGAGAUACUAAUCCUGCUCAUCCCAAGCAUAUUGGAAGUAUUGAUCCUACCUGUAAUGUGGCUGAGGUAGUAAAAGAUGCUUAUGAAACAGCUAAGAUGUUGUGUGAGCAGUACUAUCUGGUUGCACCAGAGUUGGAAGUUGAAGAAUUCAAUGCUAAAGCUCCAGACAAGCCUAUUCAAGUAGUCUAUGUACCCUCACAUCUGUUUCAUAUGCUAUUUGAGUUGUUCAAGAACUCAAUGAGAGCUACGGUGGAAUUACAUGAAGGUAGGAAAGAAGGCUAUCCAUCAAUUAAAACGUUAGUCACUUUGGGGAAAGAAGAUCUAUCCAUAAAGAUAAGUGAUCAAGGAGGUGGUGUCCCUCUGAGAAAAAUAGAUCGUCUGUUUAACUACAUGUACUCAACAGCACCCAGGCCUAGUUUGGAGCCAACAAGAGCUGCACCUUUGGCUGGAUUUGGGUAUGGUUUGCCAAUCUCUCGUCUUUAUGCUAGAUACUUUCAAGGAGAUCUCAAACUCUAUUCAAUGGAAGGCGUGGGUACUGAUGCUGUAAUUUAUUUGAAGGCUCUUUCAAGUGAAUCAUUUGAAAGACUUCCAGUUUUUAAUAAGUCAGCAUGGCGACACUACAAGACUACACCUGAAGCUGAUGACUGGAGCAAUCCUAGCAGUGAACCCAGGGAUGCAUCUAAAUACAAAGCUAAUCGAUAAUUUACCACCUUUGUCUCUCCCGAAGACGACUUCUGCAUUCAGUUUAAAGUCUAUGCUUUGUUCCAAACUCCUCUGAACCAUAGUAGCCAAUUACUUCCAUACAAAGUCCUAUCAGGGCACUGAAAUUACAAAAACAAAGUGAUGUAUGAGACUUAAGAAAAGCACUAAGCAUUUUUGGGGUGGGUGGUGUUAUAACAACUUUACCAAAAUAUGCUUGGUUAGUUUGGUUUUAUAUUGACAAAUGAGAUUGCACUUAAGUACACAACUGUAUAGUGAAAGGGUAUUAUUUCUUAAAGGCCAGUUUUUAUGCACAAAUAAAAGUCAGCAAAAUCUGUAGAAUCCUUUUAAUAGUCAAUAGCAUCUGACACAGCAAUAUUAUGUACCAGACAAGUCCUAACAUAGCUUGAAUGUGUGCUUAGAAAAUCCACUCUUCGCUGCAGUUUCAUAAUGCACAGUCAGUGUCAUCUGUUAUAUAAAAUCCUUUUGGGCUCUUCAGAUCUUAUAGCUAGUGACAAUAGAGAUGCAUAGUUCUUAGAAGGUAUCUGUAGCUUUAAACUGAUGCUUUCCCCAUAUUCCCAAAUCCAUUUGUCAAGUGCAUCCAAAAAUAUAUAUUCUUGUAAGGCAUUGCAACUUUCACCUCUUAAUAUGCACCUUAAUGUUUUACUGAAUUUGCACAAAAUGCCAAAUGAUAAAUCACAUUAAUUAUUUUAAGAAAAGAUUAUAAGGGGUCAAUGCUUCUCUCCAUUCUUGCAAGCAACUCCCAUUGAUACAGAGGUGAGAGAAUAAAUUUUAUAUGUGA